AUGGGCUCAGUUGAAGCCCGCAUUUCUGAUUUGAGCUCACAAUGGGCAAAAUAUCGUCGUGCUAUUCAAAUUCGUCUGGAUCUGUCCGGACAGUUCUCCACUUUGCUCCAGCGAGCCAGCACAGAUGAUUACCAAUUUCAUUCAAUGCUUGACCGCCUGUCUGACACUGAUCCUGUCAUUCUGGAUCCAUUUCGAGGGGCCGGAAGGCCACUGUUUCACGAGAGCCUCUUGGCGACCGGAGAACUUGACCAUGUCCGUCAGGAGUUGCUUUCCUUGCGCGGUUUCCUUGAGGAUCGCCAAGACAUGGCGCGGCAGCUGAUAGACAAGGUGACAGCUGGCGAAGAACCUAAUAUCGCUUCUGAAGAGACCGUUCAACAGUGUCAAGUCCUAAUUAGGCUGAAUGCGGAUCGUCUUGAUCAACUGCGCGAUCGCUGGACAGUCUUUGAGGGAGCAAAUGAACAAUAUCGGCAGAUGCACGAACAAUGGCUUGAACUAUCUGAUUCAUCAAGAAGGUUGGAUGAAAAGAUGGUCGCGUCUCUGGCUCGAAUCUCACGGAGUCCAGCCCCAGUUCGCGUUGGUGACUGUGAAAUAUCGCUUCGCGAACAUCUGGUUGAGCGUGAUUUGAUUGAUCAGCUGGUGCUGUGUGUCAGCGAGAAGGCGCGAAAACUGGGCCGAGGCAUCGGAGAGCGUGAGGCCACCAAACCCGACGCUUCUGUGGAGCAGCAAUCGGUCUGGCAGUUGUUCGAGUAUGCACCAGAUAGCGAACCGACUGAUACUGAAGUCGGCUUAUCCUUGGGAUCGGUGAGACGAAUGCGCUCAGAGCUGCGGCUUCAUCUGGCCGGACUGGAGACACGAUGGAAGGCCUGGGAAAGAGCUUGGAGUUCGCAUCGACAGAUGCUCGAGAGAAGAAGUAACCAACUCAGUAGGCUAUCCACAAUCGAGGUCAGUUUACACGAUAUUUUCAUUAACACACACAUGCACACAUACAUACACACACAAAUAUAUCUAUAA